ACAACAGCCUUGCCUUGUGGUGGCUAACGAAUAGAUUUUAAUAGUAUAAUUAUGCCUAAAUCAGUGGUAACAGUGCGGUACGGUCCAUAUGAGUCGUGUGGUAUUGUAGAGCACAAAACAUUUCGCCUGGACGGUUUACAAGCUGUCCUAAAAGACGACGGCCACCAGUGUGUCCUCGAGAAAACAGAUGACUGGAAUAUAUUAGAGCUCAUUGUCAAUGGAGAGUGCGUCUACACUUGCAACAUUACUGAUCUUCAGUUUGGGGGUGAUGGACGACUUGAUCCGCGGUGCCUGGAGGCCAUUGAUGCCGUGAGGAACGCGUAUUGAAUGACACGCCAA